GUGGCCGGAGACAGAGAGGAUGUACUGGCGCGUCGGGUUCGCCUGGACGCGGUCGUGUGUGGUUGAUCUCGGCCAGAACCAGAGCUUCUUCUGCGGCCCGCUGGGCACCGGCGAGGAGCAGUCGUUUUAUGGGUGCAUCAUCGCCUUCCCCCUGCAGGACCCCGGCGGGAUCAUGUCCGCUCUGGGCUCGGACUCGUGGUGGAGGAAGACGCUGUAUUUGACCGGAGGGGCUCUGCUCGCUGCCGCUGCCUAUCUGCUACACGAGCUGCUGGCCAUCAGAAAGGAGGAAGAGCUGGACUCUAAAGAUGCCCUCAUACUCCACCAGUUUUCCAGGCCCCAGAGUGGCGUUCCGUCCCUGUCCCCUUGCUGCCUUAAAAUGGAGACCUACCUCCGCAUGGUCGACCUGCCCUACCAGAACUACUUUGACGGGAAGCUUUCGCCGCAGGGUAAGAUGCCGUGGCUCGAGUACAACCAGGAGAAGGUGUUUGGCUCAGAGUUCAUCAUGGACUUCCUGGAGGAGAGGCUGGGCGUGAGCCUCAACAAGAGCCUGACACCGCAGGAGAAGGCCAUGUCCCGCGCCAUCACCAAAAUGGUGGAGGAACAUUUCUACUGGACCAUAGCUUACUGUCAGUGGGUGGACAACCUGGAGGAGACCCAGAAGAUGCUGUCGGUGAGCGGACCACUGAGUGACCUGCUCAAGUGGAUCCUGAGUCACCUGACCGGCGGGAUCGUCAAGAGGGAGAUGUACGGCCACGGGAUCGGGCGCUUUUCUAAGGACGAGGUCUACGCCCUGAUGGAGAAGGACAUGCGCACCCUGGCCACUAUACUAGGUGAUAAGAAGUACCUUAUGGGCUCAACUCUUUCCACAGUCGAUGCUGCAGUGUUCAGUCACCUGGCUCCUGCUAUGUGGACGCUACCGGGAACACGUCCGGAGCAGCUAAUCAAAGGUGAGCUGAUCAACCUGGCCAUGUACUGUGAGCGUAUCCGCCGGCGCUUCUGGCCCGAGUGGUUCGUGGACCUGGAGGACUUCUACUACAGCGACACCACAGAGGGCAGCGACUCGCACUCCAAACUCCCUGACCUGGGUCUCUACUCCUGCACGGACACUUUCCAGGAAGACACAAAAACACACACUUCACCCGCCCCCACUCCACAGGACGCCCCGUCGCCGUCCCCGGACAGCGACCCCACAGGCUGCUCGCUUUAUGACUCUGACAUGGACACAGAGUGCUCUGAGAUGGACCAGCUCAAGUGUUGACAACACUUCCACGGCUACAUGCGCGCACACCACAGGAGGGCGCUGCUUCCCACCUGCACACAUGCCCCCCCCUACCUCUUAGAACAGUGAAUAACUGGGGAGUGUUUCUGGUGUGGAGAAAUCGAGGAUGUACAGGUUUAACUGUAGUGGAGGAAUGAUCGGUAAAGAGGGAAAGGGAGUGAAGGAUAGUUUAAAAAAGUCAGAGAUGGACAGAAGAAAAAAGGAGGCAGCUGUUAAAGGAAAGGAGAAGAGAUACAGAAAAUGAUUGAGAAGUAAUACAACCAGGAGUGAAUGACGCUGCUGCUGAGAAACUCCUCCACGUGGUCGACAUCAUCUGCAGUCACAACCGUCUACCUGUCAUCCCGUUGCUGUUACCUCGGCAACCACGUGUGUGUGGCCCCCCUCGUCCCCCGUAGCAACUUGCACCGCCCGGCCUUGUGUGAGUUUUCGACUAAACCGAACCCUCAAACGCCUUGUACCGAUAUGUCGUCCACAUGUAGGGAACUGUACAGGAUUCACGUGAACGAAGGCGAGUCAGUGUAAAUAUAUAAAAGAGUCUGAUUGGAUUCUCAGAUCUAAUAGAUAGAAUAUUUAAUUCUAUAUGAGUAUAAAUAGUAUAGAUAGCUUGCAAAUAUAAAACCAUCCCCUCUGUGCUAUGGUGUAAAUAAUGUCUGUGUUUCCUCUGUGAAAUCCAUUUUGUGUUGGACACAAAUUGUCUUGUAAUAGUCUCCAUGAUUACCCACUCCGCUGGUCUAGGAUCAGAACAUGACCUCUUGUGUGUGUGUCCUUCUACACAACUGGGAUAUUACAGUCAUUUCCGUUGGCCAUAUUUAAAGAGUCUAGUUGUAGAUAGUGGAUAUAUUAGAUUGUAAAGCACUUGAAAUUUUAUUUUGUCUUAUUAAGAUGCUUAUUUUGCUAAAAAAAACAACAACAACAACCACAUCCUUCGAAUAAUAUGGAGACAAAUAAGCUGUGUCUCAAUUCAGCAGAGAGUUUUAAUGCCAUUUGCUUUGUCUUAACAUGUGCACCGUUUGCUUUUCGGUUUCAUUGACGUGUGCUACUCAAGCAUUGCUCCUUGUCAUUACCACAUUUUUUGUCUCUGAAUCGCAAUGCAUGCUGGGAUGGGUUGAGCCGGGAAGGGUCCACUUGUUGGAGCCUUUGUUUGUUGUCUGCUGAAUUAAAGGAGCCUUCGAAAUGGGACAGCCAGGUCGCACCGCUUGACCCCUGAAUCGAGACACAGCUUUACUGUCAUGCCCCUGUGUUGUUUGUCUUUCAGGACAUUAGUCACGCAGACAUUUACAUGCAUUAAGAGCGAGUCAAACAAUCACCUAGGAACGGAUGUAAUAGAUAUAUAAUCUGAAUGAAAGUGCAUGGCUGGCGCGUCCCUUUACACUUCAUGUGGAUAGUUUUAUCUGCAUUUCUAAGCUGGCCUGUCUGAGUUUGACGUCGUGACGCAGUUUGGGUUUUUCGAUGCCUCCGGGCAAAUCAAAGAUGUAGCCGAUGGAUCAUGAAAAAUACUUUUUUUUUAAAUUCUGCUAGCAGUUGAGUUUUUUUGUGUCACCUGCUCCACAUUUCAAAAUUAUGGAUUGCUCAGACAACGUUAUGUAAAGCAAUAAGAGAGCGAAUUGCGUGGUAUGCGGCCUGUGCGAUUGCGAGGUGCAGGUUUGAUGUGUGUUUGUCAUUCAGCAAAUGCACGUGCCGACAUGUUGCGUGUUCAGGCUGCUUGUGUGGACGCAGGCAAGGGGUGCACAGUGGGUUCACUUCUGUUUUACUUCAAUCCUGCAGGCGAAUUCAUUAAUUUCAGCGAAUGGAAUAAAGUGGAAAUUAACUGAAAAUUGCUGUGACAGGCCGUUACGCAGAGAUACUUGUGUUGUGUGCAUAUGUUGGCCAGAUUAAGGAAAGUGCAGAAGAGUGAAGCCAAAAAUAUGUUGGAGAUCAUUUAGGAGAGUCUCUAUUAAGUUUUUUCCCAACUAGUAAAUGUCCUAUGCAGCUCGUAUGUUUGUCAAUAUCGGCCAAUGUGUCAUUUGAGGAUCAAAUAUCUACAACCGAUCUCUAAAAUCAAUCAUUGGUCGGCCCCUACUCGUGUGGAUGAUGCACAAAAAUUAUACUUAUAUAACUUAAAAAUAUGCAGCAUUAAUAUGUAGCGGUAUAUUGUGAAAUAAAUAUCAAUACGUCAAAAUAUGAAAUUCAGCACAUAGCGAAUAGGUUGACGUGUGAUAGGUCAAUAAGGGAAUAUUCUGAAUCUGAUGUUUCCGUAGAACCACGGUGUUGAUUGGGAUUUAACUAAAGAGUUUAAUGAUGAUUUCAUGCCAGAAUUGAUUUAAUUGUCCUCUGUGUGGCCUCUUCACUGGAGGAGUUACCCUCUGGGUUCUCUGUCAAAAUCAUAACCUAUACGAAGCCUUUAGGGAAGAGAUAAUCGACGCGUGGACAGCAAAGCCUUUUUGUGUGUGUGUGCUGCAGUUCAUUUUUCAGAAGAAUAAUACAGCCUGAAACUUAAGGAGAUGAAUUUUCUUUUUGAGUCUUCAGACCCCUUUGCCUGCAUGUUCUUGCCUUCUCUCGUCAACAGUCAGAUUUAGCCUUAUGAUAACUAACUCCUUAAGCCGUUUACUUUAUGCCAGUGCCAGCAUAUAUUUUUUUACACGUCGUUAUUUAUUAUGUAUUUAUUUCAAUGUGCGUGAUUAUGAUGGUGGAUGUGUUUGAAUUUUCAAAGAAUAUUGUUAUUUUGCACACUUCUUCUUUAUUAUGUUUACAUGUGUUGUCUUAAAAAUGAUUUUCUUGAUCUGUGGGUUUUAGUGCAAUACUGUGGAUUUUCGCUGACUUUCUGUUGACGCGGAAGAAAACGCACAUUUUAACGUCGCCAGUCAUUGCAUGUUUGUCCACGUUUGGACAUGUCAUUCGGUAAACGUAAAAUAUUCCUGUCAUGACGUCAUAAUGUUCCAGCAGUUUUGUGUUAGAAUAGAUGAAAUCGUAAAAGAAAACAUUAAAUACUGAGGUAAAACACCAAACGUUACUACUUCCAGAUCAGCGUCCGUGGGCAACUUCAUCAUCUCAGUGUUCCUCACCAGUUAAAGGUCAGAGGUCGUGUGUGUCACGUUCCCAUUGAUAUUUCUGCUUAUAGACUUUAGAAGCCAUAAUGUCUCCUUGUGUCGUGUGUGUGUGUGUGCUGAAACACUUGUGGAUUCCCAUCAAACUGUAAAUAAGAAAACUGGGGAGGGGGGUUAAAAUUGCGGAAAUUACCUAAAAGAAUAAAACUCUGUCACAUUUAAAAAUAAAAUAUUCUUAUGAAUGUAUCAAACCUGGAGAUAAAAAGCUGUAUGACAAUGGAUUACUCAUAAUAUGUCAUUAAAUAUAGCUGUGUUAUUUU